AUAUUCUGUUCUAUAGUCUAUGGACUCCCGUUACUUAUUUACUUUUACGUUUAGGUAUUCCAAAAUGAAAAUACUUUGCUAAUUAAAUAAAAGUGUUGUAUUAAAAAUAAAUAAUCGUUGUGCCAUACACUUUCUAUAUUAAUCAGAAGGACGAAUCGCGUAGAAUUUAAUUGAAGCUUGUGUAACAUUGUAUUUAUUUACUUGUGUAAUAUUUUUUUAUAGAAUGUCUUUAACUCAAUUUAAAUUUUGAAGCAAUUAUUUUAGUAUAAUAAAAUUGAAUUAUAACAAGUUAUGACUUCACUUCUCUUUUUAAAAUCUGUGUUGUUUGCUAAUGCAACUCAAAAGAAAAAAAAAGUAAACAAGGUUAUCUCAAAAAGAAAGAAAUCAUAUGAGCAUUGUCGAAUAUGUAAUAAAAUGAGGGCUGACAUUCAAAUUUUUGAUAAUUCUAAUAAAAUUAAUAUAUCCGAAGAAGUUGAGAAAAUAUCUGGUGUUAUGAUUAGUAAGUUUGAUGAUCAUUCAAAACACAUUUGUCAAAAUUGUUAUCAACUUUUAAAGAGCUGUAUUCUGUUUCGGGAGAUGUGUCAAAAAAAUAAUAAGAGGCUUGAAGUUGAAGUGUCCAUUAAAACAGAGCAAAUAGCUUGUAAUGAAAAAGAAAGUUUUCCUACAACCUGUGAAGAAGAAGACGUGUACAUACCAUCGCCUGCAAAUUCUGAUGAUGAAUUGGACCUUUGGCAAUGUUCUACAUGCAACAAACAGUUUUUAAAUGCGAAAUUAUUUAAUUUACACGUCAGACAAUGUAAAAAUGUGAAUGGGGAGAAGAAAACAUUUUUAUGUGAUAUCUGUGGAAAAGUAACAAAGACUAAGGCAAAUCUUUUAAAUCACAAAAGCACACAUGUCAACGUGUUCCCAUUUAAGUGUGAUGUUUGUCCGUAUAGAGGGAGGACGGUCGAUUUACUAAGAGUGCACAAACGUAGCCAUUUAAAAGAUAAGCCAUAUAAAUGUACUCAAUGUCCCAAAGCUACAACCACCUCUAGUAAUUUGGCCAAACACAUACAACACGUCCAUAGUAAAAUUCGACCGCAUAAGUGUUCAUACUGUGAGAAAGCUUUUUCGACAAAACAUUGUAUGAACAAGCACAUCAAAGACAUACAUUUGAGACAAGGGACUGCUGAAUGCGAUAUUUGCUUUAAGAAGUUUAAUACUAAGAAAAUACUCCAAGGGCAUCGACAUAAAGUUCAUAAAAUUAAGGGCGAAAGACACGGUCGCCUGCCGUCGUACCUCCAAUGUCAAACUGAAGAAAAUCCUAUUGAUAAUGACGCAUGUGAAGAUAUGCCUCUCGAUAAUUACUUACAUUUAUCCAAUUAAAAGAACUGAUUACCUACUUUAAGUUUUAUAAGAUUUAUCUAAGAGUAUUUAAAAGGGUCCAUAUUCUAAAACAAUAUUUCAAUCUAAGUUAAUAUUGAAAUCUAUUUCAUGAUAAUUAUGAUUUGGAAUGAUGAGGAUAGUAUAGAUAACACGAUCUUAAUUUAUCUUGGAUUAUAUAAGUUGAAAGUGUAUCUGAAAUAUAUUUAUUUUAAUAAAAAAACAAGACUUUUAAUGUAUAUUAUUGUUGUAAUAGCUUGAAAAGGUUACCAAUGAUAUUUAUGCGUUUGAUAGUAAUCAUUUCGUUUAGUAACUAACCUAAAUAAACAAAAUUAUUUUGCAGACAGAAAUGGUCGUGCUUGUUUAGGUAAAAUCAAGAGGGAAUUAAUUAAUAUAAUAUGUAAUGUUAAUAAUGUUAACCUUUUUUUUAUAAAUCUCGAUCCCCUUAUUCAUAAAAACUACCCAGUUUUUGCAUCACUAUGCCCACUAAUUGCAUCAUUCACUAAGAACUCUGGUGUGUUUCUGUCAAAUGGUGUUGACGCUAUGAUGAAGAGACACACAAACAGAAAGAAAGAAAAGAAAGACUGUACAACACAUCAUAAAAAUACACACAAGUAGGUACUUUAGUCAAAUAGAAGUUAAGAAAGCAAUCAUACUGAUGUAGUUUUUAUGAAGUAAGUACAUAAAUAAAAUAGCAUAUAAUAUAUGCGUUAAAGUUAAAUUAAAAAAAAAGUGUUCGUACUUUUAGUAUGGCGUUCUAAUUUGAUUUUUUUAUACUUAAUUGAUUGUACAUCUGAUACCUAUUAAAAAAUUUGCCGCUUUAGGUGUAGAUAAAUUUGUUUAACAUGUGAAUUUCUCAGAUAUUCUCUACUUUUAAUUUAACAAAAAGCCUCAUAAAAACUGGUAAAACUUUGACAUUGUCUUUCUAAAUGACCAAAAAAUGUGUAUAUCAAUAUUGUUCCUCAUCAAACGAAUGGAAUGGUAUGUGCGUGUUACACGAAAAGUUUACGAUCUGAAUUCUUAAAUUGUAUCGAAAGUUUGAAUUCAGAAACAUCACUUUUUUAAUAAUAUAUAAAUUAGUCAUUAGAGUUAUUAAACGCGUUUCAAAUUUCAAAUGUUUUGUAUUAUCGUCGUUCCGUUUGUCUUUCAUUGUUCAUUUAUAAGUUUAAAAACAACAUUAAAAAUACGUGAAUAACAUGACAUUACAAAUUUUAAACAACAAUAAUAUUAAACCCUAGAAAUUACAAAUUAAAUAGAUCGUAUAAAAUCAUUAUUUCUCGUAUUAAUGAUUGUUUUUAUAUAUUGCACUUUUUUAAAUUUACAACAUUAUGCCCUAUAAUAAUGAUGAUAACGCAACUCUGUAACGUUGUCUGAUAAUGUAUUAAUAAAUUGAAGAUUAUUGACCAUA